UCCACCUGGCUACGUGGCAGCCAUUGCGGCGGCCGCGAGACCCCUCCCCACGCGGCCGCCCACCCGCCCUCUCGCGGCGGCGGGCUCCGGAGAGGCUGCUGCUCUUCCCGGGUCGGACGGAGAGCGGCAGUGUGUCCCCGCUCCGCACGCUCGUUCCCUCGCUCGCUGCGUCUCUCUCCCCCCCAUCCCUCCCUCCCCGCGGCCACAGCUGCUCGCCAGCCCCGCGCCGCGCUGCGCCGCGCCGGAGAGCGCAGCAGCAGCGGCGGCGGGAAAGGGUUGCGGACCCGCGGCGCUCACUCGACGACGCGGCACCCGGGGCCUCGACGUCCCGCUCCGGGAACAGGUGCUUUAUUUGUCGGAAAGAGAUGCUCUGUAUUAUGGACCUGAGUAUUCCAGGUGCUGAAAUGUAAGAAGACAGCUUUAGAGUGGCGGAUGUCGACUGUGGCCUUCCUAAGCACAUUGGUAUUAUCAGUGCCAGCCAGACAGGAACAUUAAUUGGGUGCUUGCUAGGUGCCAGUCCUUGCGCACAGCACUUUUCAUGGAUUAUCUCAUUUAACCCCCACAACAACCUAUGAGUUGAAAAUGCCAUGGACUGUCUGUUAGAAUUAUCUGCCGCUGAUGCCAAGAUGGAAGAUUCCCCUUCACCAACGGCUGCUUGUGGGGACAAGCCAGGCGCGUCAGGAAGUGUGGUCAUGGAGAUUCAGCCUCCUGCAGAGGAGAGUGAGGACUCGAAACUGGAUUCAUUUUUGGAUAUGCAGCUAACUGAAGACUUGGAUUCCUUAAUUCAGAAUGCUUUUGAGAAAUUGAAUUCUUCUCCUGAUGACCAAGUAUAUUCAUUUUUGCCUUUGCAGGAUGCUAAGAGUUUUAAUGACCCUUCUACCUUUAUGAAUUCAGAUUCAAGUGGUAUGACUUCUGUUCUUUCUGUACAGAAUACAGGGUCAAACAAUGGAACUCUCCAGAAUUCUGCUGCUUCACUCGGUUCAAAUCCACUAACUUCCCCUUCAGUUUUGAAUGAGCCCGAAAGUUUUCCACAGGGGAGCACUCUGGCAUUAGAAGGGAGCUUCUGCGAAGACUCUCCUCUCACUAGCUCUUUAAAUCCAGCAAAUGGCUCUGUUGGAGGUUGUGGCAAUUUUAACCAAAGACCAAAAGACCUUUUAGAACCUGAGUGUCCUAGCGCACAGCGUUCUCAAGCCCUCGUAGAUUUGGGUUCCAGUGAACCUCAGGUUCCUUCAAAUCUUCCUCUGCAAAGUCCAGGGCAUGAUUUAGCGGGUGUGGAUGGGGACCAAAAGUCUGUUUCUGUGCCUGAUGUUUUUGUCCCCUCUGAAGGAUUUGGUUUCAAGCCACACAAACAUCCUGAACUGCCACCAAAGGGGAAGGAUAUGAAUUACUGCCCGGUCCUUACCCCUCUCCCUCUGCUCCUCCCUCCUCCACCACCUCCACCUAUCUGGAACCCCAUGAUUCCUGCUUUUGACCUCUUUCAAGGCAACCAUGGCUUCGUAGCACCUGUUGUAACCACAGCUGCACACUGGAGACCUGUCAACUACACGUUUCCACCCUCCAUUAUCUCCCACACUUCUCCCACAAAGGUGUGGAGGAGCAGCGAGGGAGCAAGCGCUUACCAAGUGCAGGAGGCCCCCGUGGCCCAGCCCGCCAGGAAGAAGACCACAGCCUACGUGGGCUUAGUGCUCGUGCUUCUCAGAGGGCUGCCGGGCUCCGGGAAAUCCUUUCUGGCAAGGACUUUGCAAGAAGAUAACCCGAGUGGAGUCAUUCUAAGUACUGAUGAUUAUUUUUAUAUAAAUGGACAGUACCAGUUUGAUGUAAAGUACUUGGGAGAAGCUCAUGAAUGGAACCAGAAUCGAGCAAAAGAAGCAUUUGAGAAGAAGGUGUCUCCAGUAAUCAUAGAUAAUACAAACCUCCAAGCAUGGGAAAUGAAGCCAUAUGUUGCUUUGUCUCAGAAACAUAAGUAUAAGGUCCUUUUCCGGGAGCCAGACACAUGGUGGAAGUUCAAACCAAAGGAACUUGCAAGACGUAAUAUUCAUGGAGUAAGCAAAGAGAAAAUCACGAGAAUGCUGGAGCACUACCAGCGCUUUGUUUCGGUGCCGAUAAUCCUGAGUUCUUCAGAUCCAGAGAAAACAGAGCGGAUUGAGCUGUGUGCGUACUCUUGUGAGGACAGAAGCACUGGCCCAAGAGACAAUGAAGCUCUGACCUCUGAAAAGGAAGAAAAUGUCUUAUCCACACCUGUGAAGCGCUUAGAGUUAAUGGAGGAGAGGACACUUGAAAUGGCCAAGGAGGCGGUGUUACCCGAGAGUGCUGCCCCCGCCUCUCAGGCCAGUCUAAGCCGAGGAAGAAAGGAGAUGGGUGCUGUGGGCCAUGGUGGACACAGCCCCUUCUUGCAGGAAGCCCCAGACACCCGUGCUUCUCACUCUGAAGGCAAAGUUCAAGCCACAGACAAGAGCGAGAAAGAGCAAGAGCCAUCGAAAGGGCGUGUGGAAGCCGAUGCUUGGAGCCCUGCAGAGGGAGCGGCCCCAAGUAGUUACUGUGCUGAGGAUAAUCAAGAAGCGGGUGAGCUUACAAGCGCUGGGACACUUCAGAGUGAGAACCCCCUACCUCCUGAAGAACUGGAAGAAAGAACAGCAGGGAAAAAAAAGACCAUUGGAAAACAAAAAAGCAAAUCAGCUUUGGAAAAGUUCCCAAAACAUGAGCCAUCAAAUUUUGUGGGUGACUGGCCAGUUGAUAAGACAAUUAGCCAGAGGACCAAAAGGAACCGGAAAACUGAGAAAGGUUUAUCUGCACAAGGUGACAAAAAAUGUCAUCGCCCUCAGCCGCACAGAGUGUCAGAUACUAGGGUACCUAUGAGUACGGAUCAUAUCCAGCAGCGAGGAUCUCCACACGGAAUCGAUGAUCUUUCACAAGUGCCCAGUAGCUGUCAAUAUGAUACUUACAAAGGCACUGAGCCAACCUCAUUCAGCAUUGUGGGUGACUGGCCCUCAUCUGCUUCUUUAGCUCAGAGAGAGCACAGGUCGAGAAUACCAAAAGCUGGCUUAAAUGAAGCCAGCUUAGAAUUUGUAACUAAUGACACCGUGAGUGAAAUGCCCUUCUAUCCCACGCAUGAGGCCUACUGGGGCACAAGCCCUGAAGAACUGAAGUCUCUGGGUUCCACUUUGCGGAGUUCUGAAAUGCUGCCUAGUAAAACAGCUCACGAAGCUCAGACUUCCCUGAGUAAAACGGUUCCUAGCCAGCACACGCUGCCCCUUGCCUUUUCCAGUGGUGCAGUAGCUCUGCCUGGAGUCGUGGGACCUCGGUCUUUAGCAGUUGGAGCGGCUAGGGUUGUCUCUGGGAUAGAUACAAGCGCUUGUGCCCAGACUGAGCCCCAAGAUUUUGCUCUCUUGUGGAAACUAGAAAAGAAUAAAAUCAGUGUUUCAGAUUCUGUCAGAGUGCUAACAGGGAAAUUAGAUGGGUUUAAGCCAAAAGAUUUCACUAUGAAUACAAAAUUAAAUGUUCAAGAAGCAAUUCCAUACAGAGUCAUGCAUGAUAAAAGUACGUAUGUUGAAGAAAGUGAGCUUACCUGUGCUGAUGAGUCUGAAAAUCUUAACAUCCUUUGUAAACUAUUUGGAUCAUUUUCCUUAGAAGCCCUGAAAGAUUUAUAUGAGAGAUGCAAUAAAGAUAUUAUUUGGGCCACAAGCCUUUUGUUGGAUUCUGAGACUAAAUUAUGUGAGGAUACUGAGGUUGAGAAUCCCCCCAAAUCGUAUGAUGAGUCACAAGUUGGGCCAUUUUCAAUGGGGUUGGAUUUGAAGGAAAUUAUUAGCCACAGAGGAACCUCAGAUUCGAAUUUUGUGUCAGAAUUUAACCCUGGGGUCGGUAUCAGGAACACUAAUGCACGGUCUGCUGGCGAUGCAGAAAAAGGAAACUCAAAGCAGGAAGAGAUAGGAGCUACAAGUUCUGAAAACCCCGAAUCCAUAAGCAGACUGUUUCCUCAUGCUGCUAUCAAUGUAAAGAGGGAUAAUGGAAUCGUUCCUAACCGUGGGACUGACUUAUCAGGUGCCUAUAGCUUUAAGGGGUCUCUUCCACUUACUCCAAAAUCUAACAUCCUUAGAGAUGUUAGUGAAGUGGAGAAAAAUCUAGUAGCCACAGAGACUGGAGACAACAUUCAUUCUUUUCUAAAUUUGUCUGAUAUUAUACACUCUGCAACAAGCACUUCAAAUCCUGAAUUAAAUGAAGUUUCUCUUACUGGCUCUUUGGAAGUAAUGAAAAAUGAGACUCUUCCUAAGGAUUAUGUGAAAUUUGGAAACAUGGAAGAAUUUAUCAAUGAAGAUAAACAGGAAACGGAGAAAAUUCUAAUGCCAGGAACUAGUUUGUCAGCUGGAGUUAGUGAAGAGGAUAAAACCGAGGUAUUGAAUCCCACACCAGUGAUGACCAAAUCUCUGACCAUAGACUGUUUGGAGUUGGCAUUACCCCCUGAGCUGGCUUUCCAACUUAAUGAAUUAUUUGGCCCAGUUGGUAUUGAUUCAGGGUCUCUAACAGUUGAGGAUUGUGUGGUUCAUAUAGAUCUGAAUCUGGCUAAAGUGAUUCAUGAGAAGUGGAGAGACUCUGUAAUGGAGCGACAGAGACAGGCCGAGGUGUCUUGCGGCAAGUGUGGUCAAGAUCCUUCGAUGGCUGGGACUGCAGUUCUUGAUAAUUCUGAACAAAAAUCAUCUCAGAAAACAGGCAAAAAAUUAUUGAAGACUUUAGCAGCACCUGAGACACUGGAUCCAUGGAACACUCAAACAAAAAAAGUUUCACUGCGAGAAAUAAUGUCAGAAGAAAUCGCCUUACAAGAGAAACAUGAUUUGAAAAGGGAGACACUUAUAUUUGAAAAAGACUGUGCCACUAAACUAAAGGAGAAGCAGCUCUUUAAAAUAUUUCCAGCCAUUAACCAAAAUUUCCUGGUGGACAUCUUCAAAGACCACAACUAUUCACUGGAACACACAGUACAGUUUCUAAACUGUGUUCUUGAAGGAGACCCUGUGAAAACAGUUGUAGCUCAGGAAUGUGUUCACCAAAAUGAGAAUAUCACUUCUCAUCCUACACAGAAAUCGAAAGAGAAAAAGGCAAAGAAGUCAAGAGAGAGUGAUGACCCCAUGGGUGACUCGUCGUCAUUCCAGGAUUUUGAGUACCCAGAGUAUGAUGACUACAGGGCAGAGGCGUUCCUGCACCAGCAGAAGAGGGUGGAGUGCUACAGCAAGGCCAAGGAAGCCUACCGCAUGGGCAAGAAGAACGUGGCCACCUUCUACGCCCAGCAGGGCAGUCUCCAUGAGCAGAAGAUGAAAGAGGCCAAUCACCUGGCGGCUGUGGAGAUCUUCGAGAAAGUCAACGCCUCUCUGCUGCCACAGAACGUCCUAGACCUCCAUGGGCUGCAUGUGGACGAAGCGAUAGAGCAUUUGACGACUGUUUUACAGCAGAAAACGGAAGAGUUUAAGCAGAAUGGUGGUAAGCCCUAUCUUUCUGUGAUUACGGGGAGAGGAAGCCACAGCCAGGGAGGAGUUGCUCGCAUCAAGCCAGCUGUCAUUAAAUACCUCACAAGCCACAGCUUCCGGUUCUCUGAAAUUAAGCCAGGGUGCUUGAAAGUCAUGCUAAAGUGAAUUUAGAAGCCCUUGACUUAGAGGCACGAAGGUUUACAGGCUGAAAUUGUUUUUCUGCAGUGACUCUGUCAAUUCUACUCUCAAAUGUGUUUUAUUAGGAAUAUAACACAGGAAAUUUUCAGAAUUCAAGGAGAGUCGUUUUACUGGGUCAAAUGCCAGUCUAUCACUUGUUAAAACAUUAAAAGGAAUUUUUAUUGAUUGCAAAAUGUCUAAAAAAUAGUUAUCACCUGAAGUUUAAAAGUCUUAAGUGCUCUAGUUCGUUUUUUUUUAGGAAAAAAACCCCAAACAACAACAACAAAUCCACUGCCUUUGUGUUAACCGUUUCCCAUUUAGAGAAGUCCUGUAACUGUCUUGGGGGGGCAGCAUGCUUUGAGCCCUGGUUCCUGGCUGGGAAGGACUGUCCUCAGGUGGUGAAGGAGGACGGUGAGCAGCCUGUCACAGAGUCCCUGGGUAUUGCCAUGUUGUGCAGAUAGACGGGCAGCUUUCCUGUGUCUCUGAUCUUGAUCCCUUCGUCUGUGCUGUGGUGCUGUGCGUUUGCUGGGAGGAGAGUUGGCUCGAGACUAACUUAGUCUCUUAGCUCCCACAGAUAGGGAACCCUCCGAGAAGGAGAAAUGGUUCCAGGACUGCUUGUAAGUGGCGUGUUUUAUACUUGAGACAUCAUUUCUAAGCUAUGUGAGUCAAAAAUCCUAUUGACUUAAGUGUGAAAACUGUUUUUGGUAUAACUGUAAAAGAAACCCUUGUAAUUAGAAAUAUUUUUUACCUUUAUUUUGAAAAGGAGCCAACUUUGUGAAAGAAAAGUCUCCUUGACUUCUUCUGUUGGGCUAGUGUCCUGAUAGUAUGUAAAUUCUGAUUUCCUUUAUACUGACUUAGUAAGGUGAAGUGUAAUUUUUCUAUAAUGAGACUGUAGUUAAAAUAAAUUUAACUUUGGAUAUACAGAGUAUUUUCAGCAUAUACAGUAUUUGCAGACAAUUAUGUUGCUUUUUCUUUAGCUUACAAAGUCACCUCCAUCAAGAAUGAGGCAGCAUUGCCCUACACUGAAAGGAUACUGACAGACAGAAUGAGCCCCCAGAGAGCAGACAAGCUAAUGGGAAUAAAACUCAAAACUACGUUCUUACAUCUUAGGAAUCAUGCUUUUCAAAUACGAGCCUUACCACUGGAUUUUAUUGCCAUAAAAACAAAACAUCUAUGUUUAUUACCUACAAAUGGUUAGUGAGUACUGAUAUUCAAGUAGUUAUAUUUUUAGACUUGUAAUAAUUGGUUUUAAAAAUUGCAGUAGUGUCUCACACUGUUUUUGGUAAUGCUCAGAAGUGUUAUAUAUAUGUUAAAAAUAAAGCAGUUCCCUUGUACAACUCAGUACAAAACCCACAAUCAGUAGUUAAUGAAGUAAGCUUAUUCCUGUUUUCAAGUCAGUAUGAUUUAAACAGUGAGAAACAAUACGAACCCUGGAAUUAUUGGAGUGUGUGCAACUGCACACCCAUUUUCUGUGCUGUAUGUUUUCUCACCUUUUAAAAAAAAUCACAUUCGAAUACUUAGAUAGACUUCUUAUAUUACUGUGAUUAUAAUUAAUAAGGAGCAAUGACAAGAAGUCCACUGUGGUGCUCCGUGCUUGGAGGGCAAGGGAAAGCAGCUGCUUUGUUGCCAUGCCCGGCCCGACGCUGAGAAGCCUGCUAGUGCUUCUGUGAGACGGAGUGACCUGAUGGAGACCUUGAACCAGGCUGGCCUCAAACUCACCGUCCUUCGCCUUCCGUUGAGAUUAUAGGUGUGCUUAGCCAUGCUGGCCUCGUAGUCCUUAGUUAUUGUCUAUACAUACACAAAGUUUUAACAUAUAUAUAUUUAUAGUCCCCAAAUGCCUCCCCACCCUACUAUCUGGUAUUGUUUAAGCAGUUACAAUUAUGAAAGAACAUUCUCUGAUCUUUCUUUUGCCAAUCUCUAAAUCUCAUGUCCCAGCCAGAGGUAGAGAUACUUUGGGGAUUAUCAGGUAUUUUUCUUUUGCCCACUUCUAAAUUUUGUGUCAGAGGUAAAGAUGGUUUAGAAAUGAUCCAGGUUAAAAGAACUCUUUGUAAGCCUAGUAUUUUAAUGCAUUUUAAAAGUAUAGCAUUUCUUCCAAAAUAUUGGAAGAAUCUCAGUAGCAGUUAUAUACAUCUAAUAGUCUGUUAUUGGUAUCAACCCAGUGAAAAAGAGAGAAUGGAACACCAUAGAGUGUGCAGCAGGGCCAGGGCCCUCACGACCAUUCUUAGCCCGUUUCCUGAUUGUUCUGACAUUUAUUAGCUGCUCAUAUAUUGCUGUUAUUUUUGAGUUAAAGUCUUCUUCUGUUUAUUAGUACCCCACACUAUUUAUACUCCUGUUGUUUUUCAGUAUCAUCCACAUUAAAUGGUGGAAACGGGCUGAAAUGAUUUGUAUUCUAACAUAGGAGAAGAAAAGCUUCCCGUUCUUUUGGGUGGUUUCCUGACCUUUGUUUUGGUCUUUUUCUCUUUAAAUUCAGGUGUUCUGUUUGCUUUAGAAGGACAUAUGUAAUGACAAGGUUAGUUAUUUCUGAGCUGGCAAUUCAAGAAAUUGUUCUGACAAUGUUUUAACUGCUCUCAAGAAAACGUAUGAAACGGACAAAAAUAAUGUGUGCUGUUGUCUCCAAGUGCUUUUCUGUAGUGCACUGAGGUGACAUUUGAUAGUGCUCUGUCCUGUGCUUAAAUGUUGCUUACUUUUAAGAAAACAGAUUUAAAUGUCUGUGUGGCCAAAACCAAGUGCCAUAUAAAAGGAAAAGCAAGUCGAUGUAGAAUGUAUGUUACUGGUGCUCAUUUUUAAGGUGUAAUUUAAGUUUACAGUAUUACUUGAUGCCUCUUUACAGAAGGGACUAGAGAAGCAAGGCUAGAACAUCUGUGUCCUAACGCCUCAUGACCUCAGUUCAUCCAUUGUGUCCUCACAGUUGACUUCCGCAGUCAGUGAUGAACCUGUUAUUAUUGUGUUUACCCUGAGACGUCUCAGUAACGUGCCACAUUGCAGCUAGCAUUUGAAGAUUAGACUGUAAGCUGCUCGGACAGUAUAGCAGAAGCAAAUGUUUUAUUUGUACUAUAAAAAUGAGAUUUUUGCUGUCAACUCUGUA